AGCAACUGCACACGCUUGCGGUCCUGCUUGUGAGUGGUCUUGGCUCCGAAGCUCAGUGAGGACCUACGAAAAGCUCGGGCAAGCUAUCGUGACGACUUCAUUCCCAUCUUUCCCCACCACCUGGCACCUCUGUCAACCAACCUAGGUAUCCUACUCCAAAUCACCACUGGGCCGCCUAUUAUUUCACAACAGCCCAGCAUGUCGAACAACCCAUAUCAGGACCUCCUGAACAAGAUUCAGCAGACUGCCCGGUCUCGCGGCGGCGGCGGUUUCCCCGGUGGCAGGCCACCCAUCCCUCCCCGCGGUUUGGGUCCUGCUUUGACCGGUUUCGCCCUUCUUGGUGGUGGUGCCUGGGUCCUUUCGAACUCCUUGUUCAACGUCGACGGUGGUCACAGAGCGAUCAAGUACAGGAGAGUUAAUGGUGUCAGCAAGGAGAUCUAUGGUGAAGGAACCCAUAUUAUGAUCCCCUGGUUCGAGACCCCCGUCGUCUACGAUGUCCGCGCGAAGCCCAGAAACGUUUCCUCCUUGACCGGUACCAAGGAUUUGCAGAUGGUCAACAUUACCUGCCGUGUCCUCUCGAGACCCGAAAUCACGGCUUUGCCCCAGAUUUACCGUACCCUCGGUACCGACUACGAUGAGCGCGUUCUUCCUUCGAUCGUCAACGAGGUUCUCAAGAGCGUUGUCGCGCAAUUCAACGCCAGUCAAUUGAUCACCCAAAGAGAGAUGGUUGCCAAGCUUGUUCGUGAGAACCUGGCAAGGCGUGCGGCCCGGUUCAACAUCCUUCUGGACGAUGUCUCGCUUACACACCUCGCAUUCUCCCCCGAGUUCACGGCGGCAGUCGAGGCCAAGCAGGUCGCACAGCAAGAGGCGCAGCGGGCAGCAUUCAUUGUCGACAAGGCGCGUCAAGAGAAGCAGGCUAUGGUGGUCAAGGCCCAGGGUGAGGCCCGUUCUGCGGAGCUCAUCGGUGAGGCCAUCAAGAAGAGCAAGUCGUAUGUGGAGUUGAAGAAGCUGGAGAAUGCGCGUGCGAUUGCGAACAUUAUCCAGGAAGCCGGCGGCAGGAACAGGCUGCUCCUUGACUCUGAGGGUCUGGGCCUCAAUGUUUUCGAGGAUCGGAGGGCCAAGGACAACUAAGCUGAGGCCUUCGGAAAUUGGAGGAGGAGCAUGAGGUGACGGAUGAAAUCUCCGCUGUAUAUGUAUCUUAUGGAUGUCACGGAAGCCCCAGGUGUACAACAGACUUUAAUGAACUAUCGGAAAGGCCGGAUUUAGCGAUGAUCUUCAGGAAAGGAGCUUUCGCGAAAGAUACUCAAUGAACAUCUCGUCAGCAAAAGGCCGUCUUUGGGUGCGAGGCAUCCUCUCUGUUGGUGAUACGAAGCGGUUAUUCAACCCAGCGCAGAUGACGCUUCUUGGUGGAUCACUUGAAGAUACCGACACCCGAUCAUGUGUAGAAAUGCAGCGCAGUAAUAGUGCUUGUCUGAUAGCGUCCCUUGAAUUAAAAAGCAAAAGUGAAACCAAC